AUGCCAAGAAGCUCACCUUUAGCAGCCAACAUCCCCCAAGUCCAAGAUGGGAGCUUCUCUGCGGAGCUCCUUCGUCCUCUUCCUGACGGUCGCGUUGCUUGCGGCUUCGGGCCCAGCCCCUGCACUGCGUCCUCACGGCACCUUGAGUCCUUCAACGGCCCUGAGGAGAACGACCUCUCCUUCAGCAACAUCAGUCGGCUGAUCCCCAACGUGACCAAUCUCUUCAACGAGUGCUUGCAGGCGCCCGUCAACAUCACCGAGUGGCAAAAUGAGGUGGGUGACUAUAUCACGUCCUUUUACCAGAAGCUGCGCAAUGCCACGCUCCUUCCGGGGGGCGGUAACGUAACGGUUGUGCGUCUGGCAAAUGGGAGCUUGUCUAUCGUCAAUGGGAAUGUCACCGUCUCCCCCACGGGCCAACUUAUCAUCAACGGGGGCCUGACCACCAUGGGGUCCUUCAACGGGACGCUCAGUCUCAACCAAACCCGGCUGCCCAACAUAACCAGCGUCGCUACGUCAAUCCUUCAGAAAGUUGCAAAUCUCACAGGGAGCAACAGCACGCUGGGGUCGUUGAUUGGUGGCAUUCUGGGGGGGGAUCCCCCUGUUCCGGAUUUAAACGCCACAGGUGUUGACUUGCCAUCCAUUGUCUUCAGCCCCAGUCUAUUGAGCAACACGACCCAGCUUUUGAGCUACAGCCCCGUGACUCCGGAUGCCAUCAUGCUGCAAUACUUCCAAAAUCUCACAGCAGCGGCACUGGCCGCGAUUGCCCCCGGCACCCCGGCAAGAGCAGAAAGCGGCCCCCUCAACCUGAACCGCACCCCAGCCCCUCCCGAGGCCGCAUCCACCACAUCCCGGGAACUGCAUGGCGGCUUGGCCCCGGGUAGUCCAGACAUUAAGGUCUACUUCUUCGUGAUUGUGGCAGUAUCGACCGACAGAGCCGUCACGUACGAGAUACUCGCCAACCAGAUUGCGAAGAUGAAUGAGCACUUUGGAGCCUUGGGUCCUUUCUCGCGUUUUGUCCUUGCGGCGGCAGUCAGGAUCACGAACCCAGAUUGGGUCGACAGGGACCCGGACACAGAUCAGAAAGUGCUCGAGCAAAUGCAAUCCCAGACCAGGAUAGGAGGCCCUCAGGAGCUGAAUGUGUGGAUCACCACCUUCUCUGUGUGUAACGACUGGAACGGUUAUGCCCAAUCACCAUGGUAUUACCAGAAAUACCCCAAGUCGGACGGCAUUGUGCUGAGUAAGUACACGCUGCCCAUGGAAUCGACGCACCCCAACUACCGGAAGUAUCGCAGCCUGGGCAUCACGGCCACGCACGAGACGGGACACUGGCCUCUUCCACACCUUCGCUACCCGAUUGAGAAUUUCAUGGACUACGGGCUGUGCAGGCGCACGUUCACGGCCGGCCAGAUCACCGCGAUGAAGGAGAAUUGGCCGUAUUACCGGUACUACCGCAAUUAA